GGGCACUGGCUCCGUGCAAACCUUCUGCCCGCUCGGCGGUGGUCGCCACAAUGUCGCGCUGGCGCAGGCUCAUGGUCUACAUGCUGCUGGGGCUGGAGACUCUACUGGUGGGAGGGCUGGCCUUGCCCUGUCCCCCUGCUUGCCAGUGCUACGACACCUCCAAAGUCUUCUGCUCAGAGGAAAGGAUGCGAGAGAUCCCAGUGGGCCUGCCAGGGAACGCCACUCAGCUCUUCUUCGUGGAGACAGCCCUGAGCAGCAUCCGCAGGGGGGCCCUGGGCUUCAGCACCACGCUCACUAAGCUGGUCUUCCUCAACAAUGACAUCCAGGAGCUGGAGUCCCGUGCUUUUGCGGGGCUGCCCAGCCUCACUGAGCUGGAGGUGUCAGGCAGCUCCUUGCCAGCAGUCAGCCCGGGGCUGCUGGUGGGGCUGCCCAACCUCAGCAAGCUCUCCCUGGGUGCCAACAGCAUCCGCUCCCUGCAGCCAGGACUCUUUGCUAGUGCUCACCACCUACAGGACCUAUGCUUGCAGGGGAACAAGAUUGAGUUGCUGCCCCCCAGCAUCUUCCACCCGCUCCGGCGCCUCCAGACCCUGGACCUCACACGGAAUGUGCUGACUGAGCUGCCUGCUGGGCUGCUCGCCCCCCUGACUGCCCUGCGCCUCCUCAAGCUCAGUGACAAUCUGCUGACACGAGUGUCCCCCAGUGCUUUCAGCACACUGGGUAGGCUGGCUGAGCUCCACCUGGAUGGUAACCGGCUGGAGGAGCUGCCAGAUGGCAUCUUCACUGGGCUAUGGGGGCUGCGGCGGCUGCAGCUACAGCACAAUGCCCUGCGCAGCCUGGCUCCUGAUGUCUUUACCAGCCUCCACAACCUCACCACCCUCAGCCUGGAGGCCAACUACCUGGCCACUCUGCCCACCACCCUCUUCGCUGGCACCCCGCAUCUCCUCUACCUUUCGCUGUCUCGCAACCAGUUGGAGGUGCUGCCUCAGGGCCUCUUUGCCAACCUCUCUGUGCUGCAGACCUUGGUGCUCUCACACAACAGCAUGGUUCACCUUCCCACUGGGGUUUUCCAGGGGCUGGUGGGGCUGGUGACACUGCAGCUGAGCCACAACAAUCUUUCCAGCCUGCCAGGUGGGUUGUUGGCUGGGCUACCCCUCCUCACUGCCCUGGCACUGGACCACAACCACCUGGCCCACCUGCCUCCGAGGCUCUUUGAUGACAAUUUGGAUCUGGCCCAAGUGGGGCUGGCUUACAACCCCUGGGCCUGUGACUGCCACCUCAUCUAUCUCCUGGGCUGGCUUCAGAGCUUUGCUGAACCCCUUACCCAUGCACAAGCCUCCUGUGCCAGCCCAGCCACUCUCCAGGGCCGAUCCCUGCUGGAGGUCCCCCCAGGGCAGCUGGAGUGCUCAGGAACACCCACUGUCCCCACCGAGGAGGACUGGAAUGGGGAACCAGGGAAGGAUGCUCUGCAGCAGUGCACCUACAGCAAUCCUGAGGGCACUGUAAGUGUGGCCUGCAAUGCCACAAGCUGCCAGCAGCUCAGCCUUCACCUUCCUUCAUCUCCUGGGCAGGCAGUGGGGCCUGGGCUGGCAUACCAGGGCACCUGGGUGCUGCAUUCCCCCUGCGGCACGCUGCAGGUCAGUGUCCUCGUCACAGCACAGGUGGGUGAUGAGGCCACGUCGCCAGGUCUCCCCACUGUGCCCUAGAGCUUGGGGAGGCACCUGCUUGUGCUCUGCCCUUGCACUGGCAACCUCUGAAGCAGCGUGGGAAACAGCAGCCCAUCUCACCUCUCUGCUCCUGCCACAGUCACCAGCUGUCACCAAGCUCUCCACAGCAGCUGGCUUGGUGUUAUUUAUUGUCCCAGCCAUGUGUUCCCUGUGCAAUUCCCAUACCAUUAAAAUGGUUAUAUUA